AUGCACCGCCAGCUCCGAGGGACCGCCUUUAGGAAGCUUGCGGCGUGCGGCAGCAAGGCGAAGCUCACUCAGGAGGAGCGAGCAGCAGUGAAGAGGCAGCUGGCGAGCGACAUCGAGAGGCUGGAGAAGCGUAUGGAGCAGCAGCUGCAGCAACUGGUCGAUCAAGUUCAGAGGCUGACGACGGAGAGUCAGAACAUGAGGCAGGAGCUUCAGAACAGGGACGUGCAGAUCGCAGAGAUGAGAGGACAACUGCAGGGUCAGCAGCAGGCUCAGCAGCAGGCUCAGCAGCAGCGGGUAGCCCCGCGCGGCGAGAUGAUGGAUCCGAAGAUCCUUCACAAGGUGAAGCCGUUCGACGGCCAAAGGUCGAGCUGGACGACGUUCAGCUUCCAGUACAGAGCGUACCUGAUCGCCCAGGAUCGGAGGUACCGAGAUCUUCUGGAAAGGUGCGAGGACGGAGCCCAGGAGGUGGACAACGUCAACCUGGACCCGCAGGAGGAAGAACUCAGCACGCAGUUGUACUACGGCCUGGUCCUGGCCAUGCCCGAGGACUCGGUGGGCGAGCUGAUCGUGAGGAACAGCCCAGUAGGAGAAGGAGCCGAGUGUUGGAGGAAGCUUCAGAAGGAGUACAACCCGAGCGAGGCAGGCAACGUGCUGGCGAUGUGGACCAAGCUCACGGACACGAAGUUCGACGCCAAGGAAGACGUGAUGGUGAGCAUCAGCAAGCUGGACGAGGACAUGGCGAGGUACCAGAAGAUGGCAGGAGAGCCCGUCUCGGACCUGAUCAAGCGCGGCAUCCUCACAAAGGCGCUGAAGGAUCACGACGAGCUCCAGAAGCACGUGUUUCGGAACAGCAGUCGGUUAAGUACGUACGAGCUUCUGAGAGCCGAGGUGGUGUCGGCGUUGGCGGCAGAGCGAGCGGUUCAGGACGACCCGAUGGAGAUCGGAGCGCUGAAGGGCGGAAAGAGACCGUGGAAAGGCCGCGGAAAAGGGAAAGACGGCAAAGGCAAGGAGAGGCCACCGAAUCCCGACGCCGAGAUCGAGUGCCACUACUGCCACAAGAAGGGUCACCGCAGCGCAAACUGCCGAAAGCGGAUCGCCGACGAGAAGAAGACACCCGAGAAGGACAAGAAGGACAAGAAGCAGUUCCGAAAAGAGAAGGCAAAAGAAAAGAAGAAGAUCGGGGCAGCGGCAGUCAGGGAGCUCGAAAGUCAACUGUGCGCUGCGAGCGAAGAUGAUUCUGGCCCUGAGGGCAGAGGUCACAAGAAGCGCAGCCACACGAUCGACUGGAAGUACGGCUUGCCUAGCUACUACCAAUAUGUAUGCUGCUCUUGCAAGAAGACCUUUGAAGGACGGCGAUGGCACUACGAUCAGUGGAAGCUGGACUACUGUGCCGUGUGUGCCGAGUACUGCCUGGACGGCCUCAAGGACGGGGAAGAGCCAGACGACGACAAGAAGCCAAAGAAGCGCAAGAAAGGCCUGUUACCAUCGCUGGUCUUCGGCCCGUGGAUGAAGAUCAGAGCCCUGCGGUCACAGGUGACCAAGCACAACUACACGCCGACGGACAGCAACGUUGUCGGCUUGAAGGGCAUAGGAGGCGAGGAGAUCGAGAGGUACGGCUACGUGGAGAUGUUGCCGAUGUGGAGUACCCAGUUGUGGCUACAGACGCUGUGGUACAACGUGGUCAGAGUGUUCUUCAUAGCCCUGCAGGUCACUGGAUCAUCAACGGUACCAUCGAGCCACCUGACGGAGCUGAGUUCGUACCUCUACGUCGUCACCAAGGAACCAGCUGAUGAGAACAAGAUCCCGAAGGUGGUGUUCGACAUCUUUUACGUAGGGACAGACCAGCUGGCUGCGAAGUACAAGCUUAAAGGAGGUUACUUCAGCAUCAGGGAGAAGACAUCGGUCACGAAGGCCGAGUUAGACCAAGCGGUCUCUGUCUUGAAUGUUAUCGACUGUAAGAUCUUGGCUCAGGCGACGUUGUACGCGAACAAGGAGACGGAUGACUACAAGGUGUCCUUCCUGCUAGGCGUGCUGGAAGCUUGGGGUCACACAACAGUCAUACUUCAGACAGACCAGGAGCCUGCCACCAUGGCUCUGGCGCAGGCAGUUCGAGAUCGCAGAUCACACUCAACCUUGGUGCGGGGAUCACCGCCCUUUUCCAAGCAGAGUGCAGGCUACGCUGAAGGAGGUAACAAGCUAGCUGCUGGUCUACUUCGAGCCUACAAGCUGAAGCUGGAGCACAAGCUGGGCUGCGAGAUCAAGAUGACGGAUCCGAUCGUGCCAUGGCUUGUGAACUCAGUGGGGUGGAUGAUCACCAGAUUCCAGCCUCGCAGUCACGGAGGUUCCUCCUACAAGAUGCUCUACGGCAAAGAGUACAACGGCGAGAUUGCGGAGAUGGGUGAGCAGGUCUGGUAUCGGAUCUCAGCCCGAGUUGCCGCGGGACGUGGCAAAUGGGAAGCCCGCUUCGCAAAAGGAAUCUGGGUUGGUAAGAGCGAACUGGACGACACACAUCUCGUGAUCGAUCCUGAACGUGGAGUGCAGAAGGUGAGAACGGUGCGAAGGAUGCCUGAGGAGUUCAGGUGGCAGCCCGAGCUCAUCCAGCACAUCAGGGUGACGCCCUGGAAGCAGACGCCCGACAAGAGUUCAGGAACGAUCGGACGCAGCAUGUACAUCACGGAGCGCAUGAUCGAUGCUCAUGGUCCUACCGACGAUUGCAGGAAGUGCAGUACAGGAUACGGUUCGCAUUCGGCAGCCUGCCGACAGCGUUUCGAGACCAUUCAGGCCGACUUGCUGCGCGAGAAGUUGGCGAAGGACCCUGUGGCCCCUGAGGCUACAGUCGUGGUGCCAGCGCCGGCUGCGGGAAGCCCCGCGCCUGGAGCGACUUUCGGCGAAGCGCCCCAGGUGAAGUUCGUGAAGGAGCUGAGGAGCCACUUCGGAGAUCCUGAGGAGCAGCAGGUGGAGCAGAUGGUUGAGGUGAGCGCCGAGCUGCAUGAGAAAGACCAGUGGAGCCCAAAGACGAUACACUACGAUUACUACACUGGAGAGCCUCUGGAUGAGGACCUGUAUCAGAAGGGUCGCGACGACGAGCUGCAGGCCAUGAAGGACUACGGGGUCUACGUGGAAGUGGCGACAUCGACGGCGACCGACGGCAAGCACAUUGGAGGUUUCCCGAUAGCCCACAUGAAAGAAGGAAAGGUCAGGUGGAGGUUCGUAGCGACCGAGGUGAACAAGUACGAGGUCAGGGAGGACAACCACCAAGGCACGCCCCCGCUCAUGAUCGUCAGAGCGACGCUGAGCCGUGCCGCUUCAAGUCCAACUUCCAGCGGGCAGCACCUGCGGAAGAUACAAGUCUGGGACGUCAGGAAGGCUUUCUUCAACGCUGACUUAGACGAGACGAUCUACGUGCAUCCUGGGAGAGAGCUGUGUCCGCCUGGAAGGUGCUGGUGGUUACGCAAGGCCAUGAACGGUACCAGGAAGGCGUCGCAGAUGUGGGGUGAGCUUGUGAGAACUACUAUGGACGACGGCCAUUGGGAAUGCUUGGUUGGAACUCCUAACGUGUUCUACUUACCUGCUAGCCCCAACACAGCCCCCUUCGACGAGGAUAGCACAGCGAUCUGCCAUGGCGAUGACUUUCUUGCUGAAGGCUACGACGAGCAGCUGGACGAGCUGGACGAGUUGUUGAAGCAGCAGUUUGAGGUCACGGCCAGCGCCAGACUUGGACCAGGAGCGGUGGGGCAGACUACAUACCUCAAGAGGACGAUCGGCUAUACCGACAAGUUGCCAGGUUGCGAGGAGCCAGGUUUCUUCUGGAUUGCCGAUCCUAAGCAUGUGGACUUCAUGAUCAAGUGGACGCAGAAGCGAGGACUUCAGUGUAAGACUUACCUGAUCGAGACCCAGAGGCCCUGCAACCUGAAGAUCUAUAGUGACAGCACAGCUGGACGUGGCAUGUGCAGUCGAGUUGGGGUGGGCAAGGUCAGGCACCUGGAGUUGAGGUACUUGUGGAUUCAGGAGCGGUUGCGUCUCAAGGCGUUCGAGCUGCACAAGGAGGACACCAGCAAGAUGACAGCCGACAUGCUCACGAAGUACAGCGAGUGGCCGACAAUCGAGAAGCAUUGCACCACUCUCAACCUCAGGUUCGGAAAGCAGUUGAAGGGCUUGAGCGCAAUGGCAGUUUUCACGGAGGUCGUGACGAAGGCGUCAGGCGAGAAGGUGACAGUGUACGGAGGUUCUGACGAGGUUGCGGUUUGCCCCGCGCCUGUCAGCCACUACGUGGACAGCGAGGAGUUCUGGUUCUUCCUGAAGUUGGGACUAGUUGUGGUGACUGCAGCCAGUGCUUUCUUAUUGGGGUGCUGGUGUGGUUGUUACUUCAAGGACUUCUACGACAAGUUCCUCCUCCAGGGUGCGGUUGACCCCGCCUCUGGAAGCACGUGUAUACCAUCUGCGCGGGCUGAGGCCGAGUUCAAGACCGUGUGUGUACAGCAGGACAAAGGAGCAAGGCACAAGCUCUUAAGCACGUUUCUUGUAGCUGAGCUGCGAGCUGUCUUGAAGGCCAAGAGCCUGGCCGUGUCAGGGAUCAAGGAGGACCUGGUCACGAGAAUGAUCAAGCACGGAUGCGUUCUGUCGGAUCGCCAGGCCAAGGAGAUCGAGCAGCUGCGAGUGAUGGCUACAGCGCGAGGACCUCUUACCAAGCUCAGCUUGCAGGACAUCAGCAGUCCAGAGGCCGCGCAGAAGUGGAUCGAGACGUUCAAGAGCGAGUGCGGAGACCGUUCCAGAGGCUCUCAGGUGAUCCACGGAGAGGGCUAG